UUUACAAAGAAUACAAACAAUUUUGAAACUGUCAAGUUCUCAACAGUAAUGACGAGAAAUGCUUUCUUGCUACCGUUAUAUCCUAGCAACGAGUAUUUCACUUUUUCUAAAGCAAGAAAAGACCAGUGGUAUUAUUCGCCAGCACUAUAUGCAACUGUACAUCUUCCCAAAACGAAGUAUUACAGUGAAGUAAAUGUAAUGCAGACGAGAUACCUACCUUAUACAAGAUUUGAAAUGAUGCUUUCAUAUCCUAUGCCUUUUGAGAUUUACCGAGUUUUUACACUUAACGUAAAAAAUAAAUCAAAAACUGGAAUUUCUGUGAGCAAAAAGGGAGAUUUUGUGAAGAAUUGUCCGAAAAAAUGGGUAUCAUUCAAACAAUUCUGCUUCUACUUUGGUACAAAAACGAGAACUUGGGCGAAUGCCUUAAAAGAGUGCCAUGGAAAGAGCAGUACAAUUGCAAUGCCAAAGUCCAAAGAUACGAUUUCAUUUCUUCUUGAUGCAGUUUCUUCCAGGAAGAAACUUACAAAGAAGUAUUUUGUUAGAUUACAAAGGACGGAAGAAAACUGGAAAUGGUUCAAAAAUACUCCAUUCAUUCAUCGUUUCAAUAAAGAAAAAAAUGAGCAUGGUUUGUGUGGCGUCAUUGACGGGGACACCUUAUUGAAAACUUCCUGUUCUUCAAAAGCUGCUGUUGUGUGUGAAAAGAAAAGAGCUUUUGAAGCCUUUCGUGUUUUGGCGUUUGGUGACAGUCUUACAAAUGGCUAUUCAAAAGAUGGAAAAUGUUUUCACCCAUAUGGAUUAAGACUUGAAAAAUUGUUGAAUGAAGAUCAGCACGGAUGUUUCAAAGUUGAUGUUUCAGGGAAAACUGGGGAAGAAUCUGCUCAUAUGCUCCAAAGAUUGUCUCACUAUCUGAAUCAAGAAAAAAUGUGUUACAACUGGGUAUUGAUUUUUGCUGGAACCAACGACUUGCUCAAAAGCAAUAAAACUGGCGACGAAAUUGUUGAAAACAUUAUAAAAAUGCUUGAAAUUUCUCAUGCUAUGCAUGCUAAAACACUUGUACUAACUAUUCCUAAAAUAUUUUGUGAAGUAAAAAACUGCUCGCAUGUCAGUGAAAAGAGAAAGUUUAUAAACAAACACCUGCGUCGAUAUGCUAUGAUAAACUCAGGAAAAGCACACGUUUGUGAUAUAGCUUUGAAACUAUCACGUAAUAAACUUUCACCUGAAGAAAGAAAAGAUUUUUGGGAGCCUUCCGGUGUUCAUCUCACAUCCAGGGGAUACGAUAAAAUGGCGGAAAUUGUUUACCAAACUCUAAUGGAAGCUAUACAUCUCUUUGAAGGGUCAUCAUUAUAUCACUAAAAGUUACUGGUAAGCAUGCAGGUGAAUAUAUUUUUGAAAAAAGACAAAAUCUAUUGUAAAAAAUUUUGAGAGUAUUUUAUGGAGUUUGAAAAGCGUGAAGAAAUACAACAAUUCAAUUCAAAGACAGUUGAACCUCGCGAUAACUAUAUUACAUGCAUUGCAAAAGUUUUUUCUUAGUGUAAUACAUAUAAAUUAAGCAAACAACAAAAGGUUAGAGUGCGUUCUAAGUUCAAACUAUAAUUAUAUUAUAAAGGGAUGUUGAUAGUUUUAACUUUAAAAAUGAAUUUGUAUGAUAUAAUAACUCUUAACUUAUAAACUUUCUUAACUUAAUAAACUUUCCACGUGUGUUGUUUUUGCUUAGUCAGAGCUAAACAAACUAUAGCAUUGGAA